ACGCCAAAACUCUUACAACACAAACCACCGAGAAAUACAGCUCUCCCUUUCUCCUUCCGUUUCCCUCCAUUCACCGGAUUCCGAAACCUAGGGCAGAUAAAAAAGAAAGCUAGGGUUUCUGGAAUCAUCGUUUCCAGCCAUGAAUAUCUUCCGAUUUGCAGGCGACAUGACUCAUCUCCUCAGCAUAUUGGUUCUCCUCCUCAAAAUCUACGCAACGAAAUCCUGCUCUGGGAUUUCACUGAAGACGCAGGAGUUGUAUGCUCUGGUUUUCAUUGCUCGGUACCUGGAUCUGCUCACCGAUUUCAUCUCUCUCUACAAUACGGUAAUGAAGGUGGUGUUCAUCGCCAGUUCCGUUUCGAUCGUCUGGUGUAUGCGGGUGCACCACGUCGUUCGGCGGUCUUACGACAGAGACCAAGAUACUUUUCGGCACUAUUUUCUCAUCGCUGGAAGCUUUGUGCUGGCACUUCUGGUUCACGAAAGGUUUACAUUACGAGAGAUAUUUUGGGCAUUCUCUAUCUACUUGGAGUCAGUGGCAAUUCUUCCUCAGUUAGUUUUGCUACAGAGGAGCAGAAAUGUGGACAAUCUUACUGGGCAAUAUGUUCUCUUUCUUGGCGCUUACCGUGCACUAUACAUUCUUAAUUGGAUUUAUCGCUAUUUCACUGAGAAUCAUUACAUUCGUUGGAUAACUUGGGUGGCAGGUCUCCUCCAGACAGCUCUUUAUGCUGAUUUUUUCUACUACUACUUCAUAAGUUGGAAAAACAACGAGAAGCUUCAGUUACCAGCUUGAGCCAAUUGACAAGGAAGGUGCACAGAUGUUGCGGAUAGACUGGUAACAAUUGGAAAAUGUGGAGCAGCUCAGUCACAGAUUACUGAGCUGGUUUAGUAUGAUAUCUUACAAUCAAUGCUACUGAGGCUUGAAAUCAGAAGGAAGCAUUUCCUAGUUCUCCGAUGAAAUCCGCCUCAGUGCAUUUGAAAAUUUGAGGGGGUUUAUAUGUGUGCAUACAUUCCGACUUCUAGGUAUCUAACUCCAUGUUCAUAUGAGUUGAUAGUUUCUGCCCUUGAAGAAGACGGAUGGAAAUUUAGCCACUGCAUGCGGUCAUUGUAUGUGCUAGUAUGCAGUAUUCAGAUGAUUGUAGACUUUCACGAAAUAUAUAAAUGUUUCAUUUCCAUUCCGUGGUUGAA